ACUAAGCCAAGGCAGAAUGCUCUUGAAGUAGCAACUUAAGUGGCAGUGUUUACUUUGAAAUUCUCAGGCAGCCAGACUGUUUUAGGUAAACCUUGAUAAAAUAGUCCUAGUCCAGGGUUUUAUCUAAGGAAUCCAGAGAAGAUUGGAGUAUGGAGAGACAGCAAAGGUUCUUGUCAGAGAAAGAUGAGUAUCACUUUCAACAUCAGGGAGCGGUGGAGCUGCUUGUCUUUAAUUUUUUGCUCAUCCUUACCAUUUUGACAAUCUGGUUAUUUAAAAAUCAUCGAUUUCGCUUCUUGCAUGAAACUGGAGGAGCUAUGUUGUACGGCCUCAUAAUGGGAUUGAUCUUACGCUAUGCUACAGCACCAACUGAUAUUGAAAGUGGAACUGUUUAUGAUUGUGGAAAACUGAACUUCAGUCCAUCAACUUUAUUGAUUAAUAUCACUGACCAAGUAUAUGAAUAUAAAUACAAGAGAGAAAUAAGCCGGCAUAACAUCAGUCCUCACCAAGGCAAUGCUAUACUUGAAAAGAUGACAUUUGAUCCAGAAAUAUUUUUCAAUGUUUUACUGCCACCAAUUAUAUUUCAUGCAGGAUACAGCCUAAAGAAGAGACACUUUUUUCAAAACUUAGGAUCUAUUUUAACAUAUGCCUUCUUGGGAACUGCCACCUCCUGUGUCGUCAUUGGGUUAAUUAUGUAUGGAUUUGUGAAGGCUAUGGUAUAUGCUGGCCAGUUGAAAAAUGGAGACUUUCAUUUCACAGACUGUUUAUUUUUUGGUUCACUGAUGUCUGCUACAGAUCCAGUGACAGUGCUGGCCAUCUUCCACGAGCUGCACGUGGACCCCGACCUGUACACGCUCCUGUUUGGAGAGAGUGUGUUCAACGAUGCAGUGGCCAUUGUCCUUACAUACUCUAUCUCCAUUUACAGUCCCAAGGAGAACCCAAAUGCAUUUGAUGCAGCGGCAUUCUUCCAGUCCGUGGGAAAUUUCCUGGGGAUCUUCGCGGGCUCAUUUGCAAUGGGGUCUGCAUAUGCAGUUGUCACAGCACUGUUGACCAAAUUUACCAAACUGUGUGAGUUCCCGAUGCUGGAGACAGGCCUGUUUUUCCUCUUGUCUUGGAGUGCCUUCCUGUCUGCCGAGGCCGCCGGCCUAACAGGGAUAGUUGCUGUUCUCUUCUGUGGAGUCACACAGGCACAUUAUACCUACAACAAUCUGUCGCUGGAUUCCAAAAUGAGGACUAAACAGUUGUUUGAAUUUAUGAACUUCUUGGCUGAGAACGUCAUCUUCUGUUACAUGGGCCUGGCACUGUUCACGUUCCAGAAUCACAUCUUUAAUGCUCUCUUUAUACUUGGAGCCAUUCUAGCAAUUUUUAUUGCCAGAGCCUGCAACAUCUAUCCCCUCUCCUUUCUCCUAAAUCUGGGCCGAAAGCAGAAGGUCCCCUGGAACUUUCAGCACAUGAUGAUGUUUUCAGGUUUGCGAGGAGCAAUAGCAUUUGCCUUAGCCAUUCGGAACACAGAAUCUCAGCCCAAACAAAUGAUGUUUACCACCACACUACUCCUUGUGUUCUUCACAGUUUGGGUAUUUGGAGGAGGAACUACCCCCAUGCUGACUUGGCUGCAGAUCAGGGUUGGUGUGGACCUAGAGGAAGAUAUGAAGGUGGAGCCCUCCUCACACCAGGAAGCAAAUAACAUGGACAAAAGCAAGACAAGAGUAGAGAGUGCAUGGCUCUUCAGAAUAUGGUAUGGCUUUGACCACAAAUAUCUGAAACCUAUUUUAACCCAUUCCGGCCCUCCGCUGACCACAACAUUACCCGAAUGGUGUGGACCAAUUUCUAGGCUGCUCACCAGUCCUCAGGCCUAUGGGGAACAGGUGAAAGAGGAUGAUGUGGAAUGCAUAGUGAAUCAGGAUGAACUGGCCAUGAACUACCAGGAGCAGGCGACCUCACCCCACAGCCCUCCUGCAAGCCUAGAUCUUGACCAGAAAACUUCACCACAUAGUCCAAGCAAGGAAAACAUUUUUGAGGGGGAUCUGGGCCUUGGAGGCUAUGAACUCAAGCUUGAGCAAACGCUGGGUCAAUCCCAGCUGAAUUAAUGGGCAUGAACAGUGCAGAUGUAAUCACAAGUGACAUAAGGCUCACCAAGGAAUACAAGACAGGCUGAUGAGGCAGUGUAGAGGAGGCUGGAAAGUAUAUUAAGAGCAUAAAUUGGAGAGAAUCAAAACCUUGUCACAUGUAUCCUCUGGUGCCUGAAGAAAUGAAAAUUUAUUAUCAUCUCUGUAUUAUGCAACUGAAUUGGAGUUUUUGACAGCAGUCAUUUUUAUUAAUGAAUUGGGUGGAGUGGAGUGGCGAUGGUGGAGGGGGAGGGAGUCAGCAGUCCAGCUGCUGUGAGGGUGAAACAGAUGUGCUGAUGUCUGCAGUCUUUCUUCUCUGUACCUGGCUAUCCAGCCCUUCACUACGAUUUUGGAUUUCAUUCCCUCCAUUAGGGAGCACUAAAAAAGAAAAAGAGUCUCUGAGUGUAAACAUGUUGCUCCUAAAUGAAAGGAAUGCCCAGUUAUUUAGUGAUAAAUUUUACAUUUUCAGGACCCAGAUUCCCACUUCCCGUAAUGAUCCCAGGACUGGUUGCAGAUAAGUGCUGGAUACUGGUAUGAAUGGCAUCUGCGGUCCCACUGGGGUCCCACUGUCAUUCUUGGCAUCCUUUUCAAGUUGCUCUCCUGUGGUCUGAAGGGACUGGUUACAGCUGGACGUGCCCUGCACAAAAUGCCAAUACCUUUCCUAACUUGGUAGGACCACUUCCAAGGAAAGCUGUUUUUUUCCCUCCAUACUACGUUUUACCUGAAGAAUGAAUCUCCCUGUCCUUGCUUGCAUUUGGGUCUCUUCUUGCCUGUGUGACGAGUCCCCUCUGGACUGUGAGUAAUGAGAUUCCACAGCACAAGUUGCUCUCCACAUGGCAGGAGAUGGUGCAGAAACACCGACCUGUCUUCCAAUUCCAGCUAUCCCGGCUGACUAACAGCUCAGGAAUAGGAACAGAGGAGCAGAGCUGCCAUUCAAUGCAUACAUCACACAGGUGUCCAGGACGCAGCUUCUGGACUCCCCCAUAUAACGCAUGGCAUCGUGGCCAGCACCGGUAAGACCAAUACAAUUGCUUUUAAUUCAGUGCAUGGCUGUGCCUUUGAAGCCUUAAAAAUACCUCAAGCUAGCUUCUCUUUGAAAUACAGAUGUUAAUAUUAGACUCCAAAGAGCAGACUCCAGUCUCAGGUGCCCAGGCUACAAUGAGUCUGCUUCUGAAGAAGGGAGGAAAGAUGUCUUCCUCAAGCUGAAAGCUUGGAAGUAACAUCUGCUUUGCUGACCAGUUAUUUGGCCUUAAAUAUUAACCAUUAACACUGCCACGCACACGCAUUUUCUUCCUUUCCAAAUAGUAGAAUCCAGGGCACAAAAUGUUUUAUACUCAGCUAAGUAUAAUCUGGUCAUUCCUGGUCAAUAUGGCAAAUGGUGAAGCAUGGAAUUCUCUAAUUUGACUUAAUCAUAAUAAAAUUUUGUUAUAAAGUAUGACUGUGUUGCACUAUGCUCUAUUUAAGGAAUCCCCUCUGUCUGUGCUAAUUGGCAGUUCUAAACCCUGUACUCAAAAUGCCAGGAAAAGCAGACACUGAAAGCUCAUGUAAGUGAGAUGCAAGGGCCCUGUGGCCCAGAAACGGGAAUAGGGCUGCAUAGCAAGUCACUGAGGAAUGAAGAGUGGCACUGAGCUGGGAAGAUGAGCUUGACACAGACGGGAAAGUUAAGUCAAGAAGAAUGACCUCUUCCUUUCACAUGAGAGAUGACCAGAAAUCAUAAAGAAUUUAAAAAUAGGGGCAAAAGAUACCCGAGAAAAAAGUAAAGAAAGGCAGAAUAUAAGGAUUCAUCUUAUUUCUGCCCUUAUCAUGAAAGGAAAAGUUGAGAGCUUGGUGUUUUCUUUCUUUCCUUUUGUGCAGAGAAAGACACAUCAGGGAAAAAGAAGAUCCCCCCCCAAAACAGACGAGCAUUAGUGGGGGGCAGGAGGAGAGAGAAGAUAGAGAAAUGUAAUAUACAAGAUUGAAAUGAGGCAAGUAAAGAAGGAAAGGCACAGAAUCUAAACAAGCAGCCAAUCACUAAGAGGACAUAGCAAAAAUAGCCUCCUUCUCCCCAGGCAAAGCCUUUCUCUUGCUUAAAAAAAGGUCCCUCCAGUUGGAUAUUAUGGACCAUUACUUGCAAGGAGAAUGGAGGACUGUUUAAUCUGGACUGGCCACCACCCAGUUUACUCUACAUAGGGACUGUAGUGUGAGAAAACUGUGCUCCCUUCAACCUGUAAAUAGUGCCCACCUUCCAGCUGUGAUUACCAGCCUCCUCCCCUCUGAACCAUCCAAGACCCAGAGACUAGGUCCCACUUAGCAAUUCAGAAACUAAAUUCCCUUUAUGUUCCUGUUGUGAAGGAUAGUAAUUUAUGAUCUUAAGAAAUGCUCUGUGCUCUGAAUAGAAGCAUCGGGACUGUGAAAUUCAAACCUAUUAUUUACUGCUAGUGUCUAAUGAUUAAUAAAGGCAAAGGGCUUUUAUUUUCUUCAAACCACUAAUGCUUCCACUUAUUAUUAUAGCUUGAAAUAGGACUCUUAUUAAUUAAUUGACAUGGUUCUUUCUUGAACUUCUUACCAUGUGGACAUUACAUAUAUAGUCGUGAGUGUGCACACAUGUGCACACAUGCAUGCAGAUCCAGUCAUGAUCAGGAUUCCAGCUAAAGCUUCUACAGUGUCCCCUGGUUCUUGGUGUAUGAUGUCUGAGUAGGUUUAAAACCUGGUGGAAAGAGCUAUUAGAGUCUUCAUACUAGAAAUUUCUAGAAAUUUAGUGGAGGGCAACAUCUAUAUAAAUCAAAGCUGAAGUUGUAAAUAACUUUUCCGCUACCAAUUUCAUAUGC